CAUCGGCCCUUGUAAUUUGGACAUUUGCUACCUUCAUAUUCUCAUAUAUCACUGCAAUAACACUCCACCAUGUUGACCCUGCAUUGCCUUAUAUCAGAGUAAUUAUUCCAACAAACUUAACAAAACGAUACUGCUUACAACAGGAAGUCAUUAGGGCUGACUCAGCCAUUAAGAAUUUCCACCCAACCAAUGGGCAGAAGCAGCUGACUCCUGUGGUUGAAUUAGGGGAAAACUGGAAGAAGCUGAAGAGGAAGGAGACCGUGUAGGAGGACCAGCAGCUUCAAUUAAUCAGGACUCCUGAGAUCUCUCAGACACUGGACCACCAAUCAGGCAGCAUACAGCAGCUGAUAUGAGGCCCCCAGCACAUAUGCGCAGAGGACUGCUGUGUCUGGGUUUAGUCAGAGAAGAUGCACCUAACCCUCAAGAGACUGGAGGCCCCAGGGAGUUUAGAGUUUGUAGGUACUAUCUAAAAAGUUAGAGUCCCAAAGGAUAUAAAGAAAUGCAAAAUUCACGCCAAAACUGAAUUUAUAAGUAGUGGUGCUUCAGAUGGGGCAGCAGCCACUGAGCUCUAAGAAGAUGCUCUGAACAGAGAAGGAGACAGUAAUGAGGAGCCCACACAAUGGGAGAGAGUCUCUGCCAGCUGUGUAUCUGAUAGAAGAUUAAUAUCAAAAAUAUAUUAAAAACUCACAAAAUAAACAGCCAAGAAUGAACCAAUUAAAAAUAGGCUGUGGAUCUGAACAGAAUUCAAAAGAAGAAGUAAAAGUGGCUAAGAAAUCUCUCAAAAGUGAUACUGGGACAAUACCUCCUGAAAGAUGCCUCUUUGGAGUAAUGCUAAAUAUUGCUGCAGUUUUAGGCAUUGCAACCAUGUAUGUUCGUUACAAGCAAGUUCAUGCACUGAACCCUGAAGAGAACCUUAUCAUCAAAUUAAACAAGGCUGGCCUUGUACUUGGGAUACUGAGUUGUUUAGGACUUUCUCUUGUGGCAAAUUUCCAGAAAUCAACACUAUUUAUUGUACAUGUUUGUGGAGCUGUCCUUGCCUUUAGUAUGGGCUCAUUUUACAUGUUUGUUCAGACCAUCCUUUCCUACCAAAUGCAGCCCAAAAUUCACAGCAAACAAGUCUUCUGGGUCCGACUACUGUUGGUUAUCUGGUGUGGAGUAAGUGCACUUAGCAUGAUGACUUGCUCAUCAAUUUUGUACAGUAGUGAUUUUGGUGCUGAUAUAGUACAGAAACUACACUGGAAACCGGACGACAAAGGUUAUGUGCUUCACAUGGUUACUACUGCAGCCGAAUGGUCUAUGUCAUUUUCCUUUUUUGGAUUUUUCCUGACUUAUAUUCGUGAUUUUCAGAAAAUUACUUUACGGGUAGAAGCCAAUUUACAUGGAUUAACCCUCUAUGACACUGUUCCUUGCCCUGUUACCAGUGAAAGAACGCCACUGCUAUCGAGAGAUUUUCAAUGAAUGGAUACAGAUCUUCUGUGAUGAUUGUGAUCCUCAGGGACUGGGAAACAAUUCACAAAAGUUGCUUAUUAUACUGUGAAAAUUUGAAUCAGUUAAUCAAGGCUGACAAUGACAUUAAUGAAAGAUGAUAUCAGGAGAAAUGUAAUAAGCCAUCUGAUAAAUUUUCUUAAAGGAUGUUAUUAAGAAGACCAUCUAAAAACAUUAUGUCUAGACUCUUCUCUAUCCAGAAAAUAAAACCAAAGGAUAAUGCCA